CACCCACACACAUACAUGUAUGCACAUCUAUUCAGACUCUGGCUUUAAUACAAGUAUGUGGCUACCUGAACUAAGGAAUCAAAAUUACCGAGAUGCAAGAACUCCUCCAGCUCUGAAACUACUCUUAUUAUAGGGUCAUCCUGUCAUUCCUGCAAACACUAAUCAAUCAUGGGAUUUGAAGUUAAUACUACUAAAUAAAUGAAUUGCUUAAUCUCCUAUGACCAUCUAUACAUACUUCAUCUUCACAAAGCUUAUCAAUUUUAUGUCAUCAAGGACAGAGUGACCUUCAUCUCCACAAAAUGCCUCUUACUACUGGACAAGUUGGUUGCAAAUUUAUCACUUAUCCUCAGGAAGAAAGUCCUUCGCAAUCAUCAUUUGACAAAUGCAAGUGUGUGUUUUAUCAAUUGACCAGGUCAUACUAAAUUCCAAAACCAUAACUGUGGAAUACUAAAGGGUCUGUUACUUUUCUGAACAUUUGAGCUAAGAUGAAGGACAUGCAACUCAAAAUUAAUUUUCUACUUGGCCUAGUUAUCACUGCACUAGUACAAGCUGUAGAAAAAAAAGCAGACUGCCCCAAGUCAUGUAUAUGUGAGAUCAGACCAUGGUUCACCCCCAGGUCUGUGUAUAUGGAGGCUCCAACAGUGGACUGUAAUGAUUUAGGCCUUUUUAAUUUUCCAGCCAGACUGCCUGCCGACACACAGGUUCUACUUCUACAGACUAAUAAUAUUGCAAAAAUUGAACAUUCAGUAGAUUUCCCAGUGAAUUUAACUGGUCUAGAUUUAUCUCAGAACAAUUUAUCCUCAGUGACCAGUAUUAAUCUUAGAAAGAUACCACAGUUGCUUUCAGUGUACCUUGAAGAAAACAAACUUACUGAACUCCCUGAAGAAUGUCUUUCUGGACUCCACAAUUUACAAGAGCUUUAUAUUAAUCAUAACCUGCUUUCUGUGAUCGCACCGGGAGCUUUCAUAGGCCUCAAUAAUCUUCUCAGACUUCACCUCAAUUCAAAUGGUCUGCAAAUGAUCAACAGGAAGUGGUUUGAAGCUACUCCUAAUCUUGAAAUUCUCAUGAUUGGAGAAAACCCAAUAAUCAGAAUCGAAGAUAUGAACUUUAAGCCUCUUAUCAAUCUGCGCAGCCUAGUUUUAGCAGGCAUAAAUCUCACUGAAAUACCAGAUAAUGCUUUGGAUGGCCUUGACAAUUUAGAAAGCAUCUCCUUUUACGACAACAGAUUUGUUAGAGUGCCCCACAUUGCUCUUCAAAAGGCUACAAAUCUUAAAUUUCUGGAUCUAAAUAAGAAUCCUAUUAACAGAAUACGACGAGGAGAUUUUAGCAAUAUGCUGCACCUAAAAGAGUUAGGAAUUAAUAACAUGCCUGAACUGAUUUCUAUAGAUAGUCUUGCUGUUGAUAAUUUGCCAGAUUUAAGAAAAAUAGAAGCUACCAAUAACCCCAGAUUAUCAUACAUUCAUCCAAAUGCAUUCUACAGACUUCCCAAGCUGGAAUCACUCAUGCUCAACAGCAACGCGCUGAGCGCCCUGUACCGCAGUACGAUAGAAUCCUUGCCUAACCUCAAAGAAGUUAGUAUACACAGCAAUCCCAUUAGAUGCGAUUGUGUCAUCCGCUGGAUCAACAUGAAUAAAACAAACAUUCGCUUCAUGGAGCCGGAGUCCCUGUUUUGUGUAGACCCUCCUGAAUUCCAAGGCCAGAAUGUGAGACAGAUACACUUCCGGGAAAUGAUGGAAAUCUGUCUCCCCCUGAUAGCUCCUGAAAGCUUUCCAUCUACUCUGGAUUUAAAAGCUGGCAGCCAUAUUUCCUUACACUGCAGAGCAACAGCAGAACCAGAACCUGAAAUCUACUGGAUAACACCAUCAGGAAACAAACUUUUGCCUAAUACUAUUUCUAAUAAAUACUACAUUCAUUCUGAAGGAACAUUAGACAUAAGUGAUGUAACACAAAAAGAAAGUGGCUUAUAUACAUGUAUAGCAACUAAUUUAGUUGGGGCAGACCUAAAGUCAGUCAUGAUUAAAGUGGAUGGCUCUUUCCCUCAGGACAGCAAUGCAGCUUUGAAUAUUAAAAUAAAAGAUAUAAAAUCUAAUUCUGUUUUGGUUUCAUGGAAAGCAAGUUCUAAAAUUCUCAAGUCCAGUGUUAGAUGGACAGCCUUUCUGAAAGCUGAAAACUCUCAGGCUGCACGGAGCGCUCGAAUACCAUCUGAUAUAAAGGUAUAUAAUCUUACACAUCUAAAUCCAUCAACUGAAUACAAAAUUUGUAUAGAUAUUCCCACUAUCUAUUCACAGAAUAAGAAACAAUGUGUCAACGUAACCACAAAAGGACUGGACUUGGCAGUGACAGGCUAUGAAAAGAACAACAUAAUAGGAUUCCUUGCCUGCCUUGGUGCUCUUCUGGGAAUCAUCUCUGUGAUAUAUCUCUACAGCUACAUCUCACGAGAGAUGAACUAUGAUGUUGGACACAGCUAUCUAAAGAACUACCUGAAGAAACAAUCCUUCUCACUCAAUGAGCUUUAUCCUCCUCUAAUCAGUCUUUGGGACGUGGGCAAAGAAAAAAGCACAGCAAUGGAAGUAAAAGCAACUGUAAUAGGUGUACCAACGAAUAUGUCAUAAAUAUGUCAGUAUAUCACUUAAUUUCUGAAAUAAAAAGCACAUGACUGCAUUUGUGCUGAAUAAAAAGGCAACAAGAAAAAGUAUUUCUUUUAGGAACUAGAUGCCUGGACUUUGCUGCUGCCGACAAAUGGGAAUAUGUACCGACUCAGCAUAAGAGAAGAAUUUUAACUAACUGGCUUCUAAGGGUAUUCUACCAACCAAAUAAAAUUAACUUCAUUUUCUAGAACUUUCAUGGGACUUUUAAGUCUGGAAUACAGUGCAAAUAGCCAAGAACAUUUUCUGUAUUUUUUUUUAUUAUUAUAUAAAAGUAGUGGAACUGAGCAAUACCUCCUCCUGUGCUGUAUUACACACACUAGCCACGAGUUUUUGCAGUGAACAGAUAUACUAGGAUUGACACAUGGUGUAAUGAAAUGGACAAAUUCUGUAGAGUAGACACAGUGAGUAUGUGAAUUUUUUUUAUGAGGAAAAUACAUUUUUGAUU